AUGGGCAGCAAGACGAGCAAGCCCAUCACCGAGCCGACGGCGCCAGCCAAGGGCGGUCAAGACGGAACGGAGGGCAGUCCGUUCAAGAAGUCGAGCCGCAAGUGCACGGACGUGCUCUGCCUCCUCUUCUUUGUGCUCUUCUGGAUCGGCAUGGCCGUCAUUUCGAUCGUUAGCUACACCAAGGGCCAGCCGCAGCGGCUUGCGUACGGCAUGGAUUUCAAGGGUCGAAUCUGCGGCACGCAGUCGACGUCGGCGGCCAACGGCGUGCCGGCGUACGACUUGACCAACUACACGUACCUCGCGUACCCGCGUCUCGCACAGGACCUCUACGACAUGCAACUUGACACCAAGUUUGACCCGACGGACCCCGCCAACUUGAAGAAGCUCUACGGCGUCUGCGUCUCGGCGUGCCCGAGCAGCUUGGACGCUAAUGGCGACCCGCUCUACGUGCACGCGCUCGUGUCGUACGAGAAGCACGAUGUCGUGAGCACGACCAAUGUUUCGUACGGCGCGUCCGUGGAGGACACGGCCGCGGGCUCGCCCUUCAAGAUCUACAUUAACACGACCAGCGUCAUGUAUCGCUGCUUGGAGCUGCCUGACCAAGAGCAGAUCAACUAUGUGCGCUGCGUUGACGACUGCCCGUCGUCCAGCCCCAACACGAGCAUUUGCGGGUCCAACUCUACAUUUUACGACUGUGGCAGCAUGGGCUGCACCAACUACCAGCGCAAGCAUCUCUCGUCGUGCAAGAACGUGCAGCUUAAAACCGAGACGACAACAUCGCAGCCGGCAAAUCAAUCGCCCAUCUUUGAUGCGAUGAACUCGGGCUGGUUUAUGAUCAUGGGCUGGUUCUCGGACCUGCAAAAGGCCGCGGUCCCCGUCUUGAUUUGCGGCGCCUUGUUUGCGCUCAUUCUCGGCUUUGUCUGGCUCGUCUUGAUGCGAUUCUGCGCCGGCUUUUUCGUAUGGCUCACGAUUCUCUUGGUCAUUGCUAUGUUGCUCAUCACAACCUUCUUCCUCGCGUACCGCGGCGAGCUCCUCAACAACACCAAUAUCUCCAGCACGCUCCUCAAGUCAGGUCUCUCGGCCGCCCAAGUGGCUACGAUCACGGCCGACGUCUCUUCGGCGUCGGCGCAAAUCAACUUUGUCAACGCGCAAACGCUCUACUGGACGUACGCUGCGUACAUUUUCAUCGCUGUCGACGUCGUCGUGCUCCUCCUCCUCAUCUUCAUGUGCGGGCGCAUCCACAUCGCGGUCGGCAUCAUCCGCGAAGCGUCGAAAGCCAUCGGGCGCCUUCCUUUCCUCGUGCUCUUCCCGAUUGUUCCGGCCUUUUUCAUUACCGGCUUUGUCAUUUACUGGAUCAUUACCGCCGCGUACUUGGCGACGUCCGGGGCUGUCUCGCUCGGCUCGGUUGUCGACACGGUGGGCAGCGCGACGGGUCAGACGCGGCCGCAGUUUUCGAUGGAGCAAGACAACGUACUCAACUACCUCCUCAUCUACCACCUCUUUGGACUCCUCUGGUCGGUCCAAUUCCUCUCGGACCUCGGGUACAUGGCGAUGGCCGGCGCCGUCUGCGAGUAUUACUGGACGCUAGACAAAUCGACAAUCGGGCGCAUUCCAAUCAUCGCGUCGUUCUAUCGCGCGCUGCGCUACCACCUCGGGACGCUCGCGUUUGGGUCGCUCAUCGUCGCCAUCAUCCAGUUUGCCCGCCUCGUGCUCGAGUACAUUGACCAGAAGCUCAAGUCGGCCCAGCAAAACACGCUCGUCAAAGUCGCUAUGCUCUGCUUCAAGUGCUGCCUCUGGUGCUUUGAGAAAUGCAUCAAGUUCCUCAACAAGAACGCGUACAUAAUCGUGGCCAUGAAGGGCGACGGGUUCUGCUCGUCGAUGAAGGAGUCGUUCUCGCUGCUUCUCGCCAACGCGGCGCGCGUCGCGACCGUGAGCGUCAUCACGACCUUCCUUCUCUUCCUCGGGAAGAUCUUCAUCACGGCCUUCUCGUGCAUGAUGCUCUUCCUCUUCAUUACGAACCCGCCCAAGCAGCUCCCAGCAUUCUUCCUCGGCGACGUCGCAAACAUCAACAGCCCCGUCUUUCCGCUGCUUGUCUGCGGCCUCCUCGCCUAUGGCAUCGCGACAAUGUUCCUCAACGUCUACGAGACAGCGAUCGACACGAUCCUCCUCUGCUUUUGCGAGGACUGCAAGGUCAACAAGGCCACGGGCACGUACUACAUGAGCGACGAGCUCCUUGCGUACGUCGACGGCGCGGCCAAGAAGCACGCGUUCGCCCACUACCAAAAGGCGUCGCCCGAGGCCGAGGCGUAG